CCUAUUCCAUCUCCCUCUCUAUUCCUCCCUUCCUUCUCUCACUUUUCUUCCUCUCUUUCUCUCUACUGCGUAUCCCUCCCGGUACCCUACACUCCACCCUCAAACCCAAAAUCCCUAGCCCCCUUUGUUUAUAGUAAAUCAAACAAUCUAACCCCAUCAAAAUUUCUUUGAAUUUUUCUUCUGUUUAUCCUAUUCCUUGUCUCUCUCUCUCUCUCCUCUCAAUAGAAUACGGACUGAUCUGAAUGGUUUUCUAUUUUAAAACCGUAUUAGUUACUCCGCCGUACUACUCUUCCUUCCCCAUGCGAUGCCCCACAUACUCUAAUUUUAGUCUUCCUGAGUUGUAGCCUCCAUGUGUUCCUCGCAAAGCUGGUACGGCUCAGUUUUACACAUCGCCCACGCAGUUCUAUUCUCCUUCUCUCCAGGAAUAAAAGAUCGAAGCUUCAAUCUUUUAUAUUGGGUGGGUUGUAUUUCCAGCAAUCCGCAUGGUUAGAUGCAAUUGAAAGUUGGAUUAAUGGAGGAAGGUAAAGAUCCACCAGGUGUAAACAGGGGAGGCCAAGUUAGGGUUUUGCCACAGAGGCUAGUACAUUUACUGGGGCUGUUUUUGUUUCUCUGUUUAGCUUUUUCUGUGGUGAGUAUUUAUUUGAUCAAGCAUUAUGGCGUCCAUAGUGUAGUGAUGGCUCCUUUGAAGCCUAGUUUAGAGUCCUGUAUUGGAGAAGAGGCAAAUGAUCUGAAGCGUUGGAUUAGGCCUCCUUCCAAUUUGAUGCACACAAUGACUGAUAAACAGUUGCUUUGGAGGGCAUCUUUGAUGCCAAGGGUGAAAAAGUAUCCGUUCGAGAGGGUUCCUAAGAUUGCGUUUAUGUUCUUGACUAAAGGGCCAUUGCCAUUAGCUCCAAUUUGGGAAAGAUUCUUCAAGGGUCAUGAGGGGAAGUUUUCGAUUUACAUCCAUUCAUCGCCAUCGUAUAAAGCUGAUUUCCCACCCGAAUCUGCCUUCUACAAGAGACAGAUACCCAGUCAGUUGGCAGAAUGGGGAAGGAUGAGCAUAUGCGAUGCCGAGAGAAGACUUCUUGCGAAUGCAAUGCUCGAUAUCUCGAACGAGUGGUUUGUUCUGCUUUCUGAAUCGUGCAUUCCUCUCUACAAUUUCACCUUCAUUUAUCAGCACAUUAAGAAAUCAAAACAUAGCUUCAUCGGUGCAUUCGAUGACCCGGGUCCGUUUGGAAGAGCCCGCUACAACCCGAACAUGGCGCCCGAGGUAAACAUCACCGAGUGGAGGAAGGGUUCACAGUGGUUCGAGAUUAACAGAAAUCUCGCGCUAUAUAUAGUAGAAGACACCGUAUUCUACCCCAAGUUCGCCAACUUCUGCAGACCAGCGUGUUACGUGGAUGAGCAUUAUUUCCCGACCAUGCUAACAAUUCGAGCAGCAAAUGACUUGGCAAACCGAAGUCUUACUUGGGUCGACUGGUCGAGAGGCGGGGCCCAUCCCGCAACUUUUGGAGGAUCGGACAUUACGGAGAACUUGAUGAAGAAGAUGCUGGAUGGCCGUAGCUGCUUGUAUAACGGCAGAAAUACUACGGUUUGCUAUCUUUUUGCCAGAAAAUUUGCUCCAAGUGCCUUGGAACCUCUCUUCGAUUUAGCUCCUAAAUUCUUGGGGUUUUGAUACAUACAAGUCUGAACUGGUAUAGCAAGAUAGGACACCAUUGGAGAAGGAAGUUUGAUCAAUACAGAGGUUUUGUAAUCCCAUUAUUUCA